ACUCAGUUUCCUGUUCUCCUCACUACUUAAGUUCCUUCCUUUCUGUUGUUCUUUGUCUGGUCUCGUCAGUUUUAUGCACUUCAUGUUUGGAUUUAUGGUGUGGACUCCACUUUGAAAUCUCUUAUCAUUGUACAAAGCUCUCAAUCCAAGUCCUGAUGGAAGAGUGCGAGGAGAGUGAAGAACUGAGUGAAGUGGAGGAGGAACAUCAUGACAAACCUGGAGAAAAACCUUUGAGUCGCUCAAAGACUAAAAAGACAUUUUUAAAGAAAAGAAGAGCCAAGAAAUCUACAACCUGCACUCAGUGUGGAAAGAGUUUCACAACAAAACAAAGUCUUGAGCGUCACAUGAGAGUUCACACUGGAGAGAAGCCGUUCACAUGUGAUCAAUGUGGGAAGAGUUUCACGCGAUCAUCACACCUUAAAGAACACAUGAGGAUCCACACCGGAGAGAAGCCGUUCACAUGUGAUCAGUGUGGCAAAACAUUUCAUGGGGAAUCAGCUCUGAAGAAACACCUGAAAGUUCAUACGAAGGAGAAGCCACAUUCAUGUUCUGUGUGUGGAAAGAGUUUUUCACUGCUGAAAAUUUUAAAUGCACAUCAGAAAAUACACACUGCUGUGAGAGAGUACAUGUGCUUUGAGUGUGAGAAGACUUUUAUAUCAGCAACCUGUUUAAAACUACAUGAGAGGAUCCACACUGGAGAAAAACCUUACAAGUGCUCACACUGUGACGAGAUUCAAUCAGUCAUCAUCUCUGAAAACACACGAGAGGAUCCACAGCAUAGAGAAGCUGCACACCUGUGAUCAGUGUGGAAAGAGUUUCUCUUUUAAAAGUCACCUGAAGAAACACAUGAAGAUCCACACUGGAGAAAAACCUUACAAGUGUUCAUACUGUGACAAGAGAUUCAGUGAAUCAGGACCUCUGAAAACACACGAGAGGAUCCACAGCAUAGAGAAGCUGCACACCUGUGAUCAGUGUGGAAAGAGUUUCUCUUUUAAAAGUCACCUGAAGAAACACAUGAAGAUCCACACUGGAGAAAAGCCUUACAAGUGUUCACACUGUGAAAAGAGAUUCAGUGUGUCAUCAAAUCUGAAAAGACAUGAGAUGAUCCACACUGGAGAGAAGCCGCACACGUGUGAUCAGUGUGGAAAGAGUUUCUCUUUUAAAAAAUACCUGAAGAUACACAUGAAGAUCCACACUGGAGAAAAACCUUACAUGUUUUCACACUGUCACAAGACAUUCAAUCAGUCAGGACAUUUGAAAACACAUGAGAGGAUCCACACUGGAGAGAAGCCGCUCACGUGUGAUCAGUGUGGAAAGAGUUUCUCUUGUAAAAGUAAACUGAAGAUACACAUGAAGAUCCACACUGGAGAAAAAACUUACUGGCGGGAUAAACACUCUGAAGAGAGAUGUCGCUGUGAGCGCACUAGAUUCAGUAGCAGCGCUGAUUCUCGCAGCUCUCGCCGGGUGCAGUGGCGCGCGCCUGUAAUCCAAGCUACUGGGAGGCUGAGGCUGGAGGAUCGCUUGAGCUCAGGGGUUCUGGGCUGCAGUGGACUAUGUCGAUCGGGUAUCCGCACUAAGUUCGGUAUCGAUAUGGUGCUCCUGGGGGAGCCCGGGACCACCAGGUCGUCUAAGGAGGGGUGA